UUCGUCUCUCUGUUCCUCCCACUCUCCUCUCUUCGCCGAAAAGCCCAACCAAACACAGUUGGGGGUGGGAAAGAUGUUUAUCUUCCCCCAUAAACAAACGGGGCCUUAGAAAAGUUAGCCAGGGUAAAACUGGCCCAACUCAACUAGAAUCGCUCGUGCGCGGAAAUAAACUCCUAUAGUAGACCUCCACUCGUCGACUGCAAUCCGCAGCAAGGCGCGGUUAACACCUUUUCCAGGCUUAUCCAUCAUAUCAGGUAGCAGUUUCUACUUUCAACUCAGCUCAGGCUUUGUGAAUUCGCAAUGUCGAGGCCCGACCGUUUCAAAUUUGUAAAGCAAUUCGUCGAUGUUCGUUAUAAAAUAUUCACUGCUCGUUACGGGCAGCAAUUGAUUGACAUCUUCGAGUUCCCAAUCAAGCUCGUCUUAUCCCCUUUCACGCUCGCCUACGAUGUUGCUGGUUCUGCUCCUCGUGGGUUUGGCGUUCCCGAGUUCGUUUCCAAUCUCUCCUUCUCUGCUAUCUUUGCAGUUGCUACACUUGGUACUUAUGACAUUGCCUUGGAGCUGGUGAGAAAGGUUGUUUGUCAGAGGAAUUGUCGGACCUGCAAUGGGUGGCAAGCAAUGCGGUGUACCAUGUGUAAAGGUACUGGAAAGGUGCACUAUCAAGUGAAAAAUUAUACCCUGAAAAGUGGUGAAAAGGCAACAGCUGAGCAUGUUGCUGAUGCUAUUGUUGACAACCGGGCUGAAUUGGUGCAUCUUCCUUCUGCCUUCGAUCGUCAAGUGCCAUUGCCCUCUAAAGACUGUCCGACAUGUACUGGAUCAGGUGUGAUGAGCUGUCCUGAAUGUAAACACAAGUUACAAGUUAGGAUCUCUGCUGAUGAUAUUAUGGAGCCACCCUGGAAAGCAUACAGUGUCUUGAGCAAGAUGGAUUACCCCUACGAGAAUAUCGCUCAUGGCAUGAGAGAUCCAAACAUAGCUCAAUUUUGGUUAAUCACCAUGCCUCAGAUUUUGGGAGGAUUCAACUAUGAUGAUGAUGUCAAACAAAAAAUCUGGUGGCAAUAUAAGGAAUCAAUGCGAUAUGAUCAACUCCGAGAUGUGGUAGCUAAGCGGAAACCUGGUUGGGAGCAUUUACAAGAAGCCCUCAUUGCCAUAGACCCUGUUCGUGCAAGGGAUGAUCCAGUUAUUGUGAAAAACAUACCUUAUUAUAAGGCCAAGAAGUCACUAGAGGCAGAAGUAAUGAAACUUGAUGUCCCACCACGACCACAAAACUGGGCUGAGCUUAAUCUUCCAUUAAAUGCGUCUUCUUGGAGUGAAGAGGAGCUCAAAGAUCCGAAGAAAUUGUAUGAGAUGACAGUCCUUCUCAAUGCCCAGAGAGAAAUGGCGGAAAAAUUUUUGGAUGCACAAUGGGAAACAAAAUGGCGUCAAGAUAAGUUGAAUGAGCUAUUGGAAGAGAAGGUGCAGCCAUACAUCCAGAGCAUUGACACUAGUGUUCUUCGACAACCGAUUGUCAUAAAAUCCCCAAAUCAAGAACAGAAGAAAAGGAGGCGGCAGCGCCGGUGGUGGUUAUUUUGAUAAAAUAAGAAGUCCUGGUGCGAAACUUGCUUUUUGCAAAAGUUUUAUCUCUUGAUUGUACCGUUGUCUAUUAUUACUUUUCCCUGAAAGGACACCAUUGUACUGGCUUACUGCAUUUCAAGCUUUCCUCUUCCCAAAAUGAUAUGUUGGUUCUCUUAGGUAUAAUUUUUAUUUGUAUUUAUAGUCUAGUUAUGUGAAAUCAUUUAUAAGAAAAAAAAUUAUUAGCCAU